AUGGAGGAUCAAGUGACCAUCUCCCCUCGCCCCAAGGUCUCCUGCUCACAGCCCCUUGGUCAAGAUGUGCGCAUCGACUUCGAGACGCUGCAGAGUCUCUUCCAUCUGCGGCAAGACAAGGCCGCCGAGCAGCUCGGCAUCUGCUUGACGAGCUUGAAGUCUGCGUGUAGAAAGCUCGGGAUCAGGCGUUGGCCGUACACCAAGAGCAUGGGCUAUGCACAGAAAAAGAAGGACACCAACGCCCGCGCCCUCGUCAGCAACGUGGACUACAACCUGAUGGCGUUCUUCGCUACCUCCUGCUCUCAGUUGAGCGGCGAGGUCGCGUCAGGACCGUCGCUAGCUGAGCCGCAGUCCGAGCCAGCCUGGCCUGCCUGCCCUGGAGGCAGCCGUCGCCAUGUCGCCCAGCCCUCCCCCCAGGAGGACCCCGUCGUGCGAGAGCUCGGAAUAUCCUUGUCGGAGGACGAGGAGGUCGGAUGGGAGGAGUGGCUCCAGUGUUUUUGCGGGACAGCCGAGUCAGUAGAGGCAGUGGGAGUGUGA